AUGAGCGGCCAUGGAGAUCCUCGAUUGCUCUACACAGUCGGCGGCAUUAAAGCCUACCACAUUCAGCAGGGCGAGGAGAGCCCUCUCACACCCUCAGGGCCGCAGACGCUCUCGCUGCUGAUGGUGCCCACCAACUCGCCCUUUGCAGACCUCAGUAACACGCGCGGCCAGAACGAAGCGCCCGAAGAAGACUUCUACCUACACCUCAACCUCCCCCCGGAGCUAGAUCUCCCUCUCCCCGCGACCACACAGAUCUACCACCAGCCACCGCGCAGCUACCUGAUACCGCGAUGGGACUUGGGCCCAGAGAGCGGCGCCUUCACACGCAUUGAGUUCCCGCCAAUUGGCAAGGGCUCGACAUCGGUCACGCAGGAAGAUGUGGAUACCUUUGAGACCAUCUUGGCACAGUGCACAGCCUUCCUCGAGCGUGCGCAAGCCCCCUCGCACGAGAAGGGCAAGGGCGACAUCAAGGCAUACAACCCCCAGGACUACCAGCCAGGCCAGGGCUACGCAGGCGCUGUGAACAAUGGCGAGGUCGUCUUGGUCGACGAGGAGAACGGCAGCGUUGUCGGUGAGCUGGCCGAGGGUGCCAUGAUCCACGCCGACCCAGCAUUGCAGCAGGGAUCCAAGAGUCAAGAUCCCGUCGAGAUUGUCGUCUCGCCAGACGGCAAGCGCAUCGACAUCCGACCGCUCGAAGAAGACUACCUCGAAAUGGCCCGCCAUCCCGCAUACAAAGACUCUGGCCUUGUGCAGAACGCCGCUGCCGCAUCUCGCCUUGUCGUUACCGGCUCCAGCUACCUUAGUAACAUGAUGGUAUCCGGUGCCGAGAACUUCAUCAACAAGACGAGGCCGAACGAGAAGCCCAUGGUCUUCAAGCCUGCCACCCACGAGCGCGUCCGCAAGAUCAACACCCUCACAACCGGCGUCGCUGGCUACUCAGCCAAGACUGUAGGCCAGCUUACCAAGUACGCCCAGAACGCUGCAGCAGGAAUGGCAGGCCACAAGAAGACACACGCCAAGAGCGUGAACCCAGACGGCACGCCCAACACAAACUACAAGCCAGGACUGUUGAACAAGAGCUUGAUCGCCUUCUCCACAGUCGCUGACGGCAUCUCGCACUCGGGCAAGCAACUCCUAACCAGCAGCGGAGCCGCAGCCAGCGCCGCCGUCGGCCACAAGUACGGCGCCGAAGCAGGACAAAUCACCACCAACCUCGCCGGCGGCGUCAAGAACGUCGGCCUCGUCUACAUCGACGUCACGGGCGUCAGCAGAAAAGCCAUCAUCAAGUCCGUAGCCAAGGGCAUGGUCGUCGGCAAGGUCAAGGACAAGAAGGGCAACGAGCAGACCGUCAUGGUGGGCGGUGGUGAUGGCGGCACCAUCACGCCCAGCGACUUGAACCCAAACGUCGGUGUGUCUAACAACAAUGCUCCGCCCAACCAGUCUAGUACUCCUACGCCUGGUGGUCAGGUUUCGUUUGGUGGUCCGCCGCCUAGUUACCGUCAGGGUGUUGGUGAGUCGCUUGAGGGUCAGCCUGCGUACUACCCUCAGGAGAAGAGGUAG